AUGGAGAGGUUGUACUACUCAAGUUGUGAGAGUCAAUCAGAGGAGCAACAGGGGCAGUUAAUAGAAAAAGCUCUGCUUAACGUUGUACCAGGUAGAGAUUUGAAGACUCGUAGUGUCGGAUGGCUUAUAUUAGAAAAAAUAUUGAGAACUGUAAACCCUGGAGUCUUGAGAAAAUUUCAAGCAAGGUUAGGAAAGAGGUUACCUGAUAUUUCGGCUAAUCCCGAUUUGUGUUCGGGUAUCUUCGUUAGACAACUAUUGAUAAAAAACCCACAAAUUGGUGAUCUACAAUCAUCUUCCAUUGAUAAAAUCAUAUUCGAUCUUCUGGAUUACGCUAUUUUGAAUGAAGAUGAUGAUUAUAGGAGACUUGCUAUUGAUAUGUUUGCUAUACGCCACGGCUCUUCGGAGACUGAAAAAAUUGUCAAAACCAUAGAAGGAAGUUUGAAAAACACUUUAAUUUCACCUGAAGAGAGAUUGGACAUGCUGCCAUUGGGCUGUUUGGGAGCUAAGGAAGUCCGAGAACGUUUCAUCAACUAUUUGCUUGAAUUAUUCUCUGUCUCGAUUAGUGCAGCAAAACGAGGAUCUAAAUUGAACAGAGACUCCAUUUUCUCUAUGUUCGAGAAAACUUUGGCCGAUAGCAUUUCCUAUGCUUCUGCUUUGAAGGCUAUAUCUUCCUUCUGUCUAAUAGGAAAAUCGUCUGUUUUACCUUAUAUCCCCCGCAUAGUUUCUAUGCUGAUUGUUCACCUGGCUCAACCCGUAACUGAGCUAUUUGAAACACUCCUUACCAUUUCGGAAGCUUUUGGUGCUAGUUCAACUCUCUACAAACACUUUUUUGUUAUUUUCUCAUCACUCAAGCGGCCAUUAUGUUCUCAGGACUCGUCCAGAGCUGCUGUCGCUUUACUGUCAUCUAUCAUUAGAACCUCGGCAGCUAUUAUGAAAGCUGAAGUUCUCAUAUCAGUGCAGCGAACCAUUUUAGAAGAAGUUAUGCGUAGUGAUAAUAUAAUGGUUUAUGAGAAAUUACUCGAAGCCUUCCUUGCUAAUAGUCAUGAGAGCGUACCUGUGCCGGUUCAUGUUAUACGAAAUUUGGUGUCCAGCAAACGCAAAAACUCUUCCUCAUAUUUCUUGUCGACAUUGUGCGAUGCGUUAAGUCGUCCAAGGCUUCAGAACUUGUCUGAUGGUGUUAUCAAAAACAUGGCGGUCGCCCCGGAAGUUAUUUCAGCUGGAAAACCCAUAAAGGAACCCGUAUCCGAUGAUUUCUAUGAUACUGAAGUUCAAAAAGCUUUAGAAGAAGCAAAGGAAUCUGAAGACGCAGCAAUCGAAUCUCCUGUAGUCCCUGUUGAGAAAAUGGUUGUUGCUCCAAGCGGCCCUAAAACUUCAAAAAGUAAUCUAACCACUCAAGUAACAUCUAAGCGCGAGAGUAAAGAUAACACAACCACUACCGCGGUGAAGUCAAAGAAGGCCAAGAAAAAUGAGAAAACUAAGAAAACUGUUCUACUGGAAGGAGAAGCAUCAGUUGAUGACAUUCUGGACUCCUUCUGUCCAACCUAA